AAGUAUGAGGGAAUGCCAGCUGUGCUGUGUGCCUUCUUUCACUGGUCUUUUCAGAAGAGAAGUGAAGGAAUGUCUGCUGGGUGGAUCUUUGAGGAGACAGAGAGUUUCAGUCUGCAAACGCUUCAGUGAAUGCUCUCUCUGACAAAGUCAAUCAGUCAGUCAGCGCUUCAGCAACAUGGGGACUCUUUCUAGUCUGCUCUUUUUACUUCUAACUGUGCACUCAGUAAAUGCGCUGAAGUGUUACGUGUGUGGCUCUGCAACAUCAAAUGAAGAAUGUAACAAAAACGUUCAGGACUGUCAGGCUCCUCUGGACACCUGCAUGACCACCGUAGGCACACUAGGUGGUUUUACUGCUAUUUCCAAGACAUGCUCCAAUUCAAAACUCUGCACGGGUGCUGCAUCCAUUGCCUCGGUGGAUAAUAAUGGAAAUGGCGUGCAGGUGACCUGCUGUAACAGUAACCAGUGCAACUACAGCGGAGCAGCUAGUGUCACACUGCACCGAUGGCUGCUGGUCCUACCACUGCUCCUCAUCAGCCUCCUCUUCAGACAGAACACCUGAAAUGUUCAACACCCCAUCAUGGACUACAAGCAUCUUUGUGUUGAAAAUACUACCGAGCUAACUUUCAUUGCUACAUUGUCUGUUUGGUCAUUUGUUUAAAA